CCGCAUCGUGGGAGCCUCAAGGAGCAACAGAUUCGGUUGCUACUUGCAACUUUGAUGAAUCGAUCAAGUCGAUUCUUACUCUCUGAUCGGGGAGGGCAGAGCCUCAGCAGCUCUGAAGCAGGUGAUGGCCCCCGGCUUGACUUUGAACUUUUGCAGCGAUCCUCCGCUGUAUCGUACUAGGCGCGCGAAUUUCACCACCGGAUCGUAUCGCAUCUAAGCGCGGUGGACCCUUGAGCGCCCAGGAACGGCUGCGAUAUAUCACAUCAAUAAUCAAAACCAGAGCGCUAGCGCUGCUGCCCACCUGCCGGGUUUGGGGGGAAUCCAUUUCUAAUCUUGCUUUUCUGCGACUGGGAUGGCGACGUCGCUGCGGCGCAUCGUCGUGGACGACUCGGACGCGCGGAUCGUGUAUGGGCCGACGGGCUGGUUCGCGGCCGACGCCGCGAAGCUGAAUACGGGGGGGAAUUUUGGGCCGGUGUACAAUGGGACGUCGCACAGCACGACGACGGACGGGUCGGCGCUGAGCUUUGCAUUCAAUGGCACGUCUGUGAGCGUCGGGGGCACGAUUGCGAUUUCGACGGACCCGACGACGAACGUCACGUCGCCGUCGUGGAAGUGCUUCGUCGACAACGUCGCCAUCGCGAAUCCAAACCCGACGUUUCCCUUCCAGGAGAACAACUGGCAGCUGUGCGACCAGGCCUCGCUCUCUGCCGGGUCGCAUGUGCUGAGGAUCGAGGUGCGGACGAACGGGCAGCCGUUCUACUUAGACAAUAUCUUCUACACGCCGCUGGCGGGGCAGGCGUAUGAUGGUGCGGUGCUGGAGUACACGAAUACCGACUCUGCGGUCAGUUAUGGGAGUGGUUGGAGGAUAUGGGGGGCACAGAAUGUUACGCAGAAUACGGGCGCACAAGUGGCUUUGAACUUCUACGGUACUCAGGCUAGCUUGGUGGGCUACAUACCUACGGAGCUGCCGCAUAAUGCAACGACGGGUAGUUACACUAUCGACGGUGGCACGCCCGUCAACUUCAAACUGGAUGGUCUGGGGGCGAACUCGCCGACGGUCUACAACGUGGUGGAGAUGUCGACAGGUGCUCUUGCUCCCGCUGAGCACAACCUCGUCGUCAGCUACGCCGGCGACUCGACGAAAUCUCCACUGGCUGUCGGCGUGUUCUAUGUGACGCACAGCCAGCCUCCGAAUGUGACCUCCUCCUCAACGCCGUCGAGUGGGGUGCCCAGCUCAUCAGCGUCAACAACACCGGUGGUCACGAAAAAGAAUCUGGCUGGGCCGAUUGCGGGCGGCAUCAUCGGGUCCUUGGUAGUCCUGGCCCUCGUUGCGGCGCUCUUUUUUGUGUGGUGCCGAAAGCGGCGGCACCGGAAAGCUGAGGACCUGGACCGAACAUCUGCCAGCCCAUUCACUUCCGUGUCAAGUCCCGCUGCGACUGGCGCGAUCAGUGUUGCAUCAUCACAGCCUCAGCACGCCCAGUACUCGUAUUUUGCUGUCCCGAGCGACGGCCACCAGACGUCAGCGCCGCAGCAGCAGCAGCCUCAGCCCUUCACUGUAUAUCCCUACACGCACCCUGUGAGCUCGGGCGCCAGCAGCAGCUCGCAGGGCGCGGUCCUCUCCCACGCCCAUCAGCCAAGCACAAGCCAUCUCAGCUCAGUCGACGUGCCAUCACAUGAAGUUGCAUACCCCACCCCGAUCCCCUCCCACGCCUCCGACUCGUCGUCGUCCCAAGGCGCCGGGCCCGGGAUCGCCGGGAAAAUGCGCAACGAGCGGCUUGCGUCGGCCGCGCUUCCCCCAACUGCGCCGCUGGCCCCACUGCGCGCGGGCCAGACGGUGGCCCGACCGACUCGCCACGAAGACAGCGGUAUCCGGUUGGGAUCUAAUUCGGACGUCGAGGAGAUGGAUCUGCCGCCCGGAUAUACCAGGGACUAAUGAUGGAUAGUAUUGACUUUGUUUUUCGUGUGCACACUUCUUGUGGAGGAAAGCUUCCGCCCGCAUUACAAGCAUCUGACCAGUGUGGUUCCCAACGUGCACCGGAUAAUCACGCAACACACACCCAUCUCCGAGUGGGUCCGCAAUCCGGACGCCCGGUGUAUUUGAGCGCGUCAACCCGGCACAUCCGUCGUUCAACCAUCCCAUGGCCAGCGUCCUAGCAAUCCAGAAAACGUUCCUCGCCUCACCCCGCUUCGCGGUCGUCGGGGCCUCGAAGGACCAGACCAAGUUCGGCACCAAGAUCCUCAACUGGUACAAGGCGCGCAGCCUGGACGUUUCCCCCGUCCACCCGAAAGAGGCCGAGCUGGAGGGCGUGCCGACCGUGAGCAGCGUGCUCGACCUCCCCGCGCCGUCCGAGACGUCGAUCAGCAUCGUCACCCCGCCGAAAGUGACGCUUGCGAUUCUGCGCGACGCCGCGCCCCUCGGCGUGCCGGCGUUUUGGAUCCAGCCUGGCGCGGCGGACGACGCUGUGAUUGAAUGGGUCAAAGAGAACGGGCUGCAGGAGCGCGUCAUCUAUGGCGGGCCGUGCAUUCUGGUCGAGGGGGAUGCCAUCCGGAGUAAUUUGUGAGUUUGGGUCGCGGGUGGAUAGAUAAAUGUGUGUAUGGUAUGUACUACGGCAAUCAUCGUUGUAGCAGA